AAUACCUUGGGACCACACUGUUAGCAGCAGCCAAGAGUUAAUAAAAGCAAUUUUCACCUUCCAAUUUCCCUCCCAGCAAUAGGCUGAGCAGCUGCUGGUAGUGGUUCAGCAGUUUUUCCCAGAAAGAAGCAUCUGGGGCCCCAGCCCAAGGGAGCAGGACUGGGUGGUGCCCGGGGGCGGCUCCCGCUACAAAAGGAGGUGGCAGUGGCAGUGGCAGUGACCGUGACCGGCGACGCGAGGAGCAGCAGGAACAGAACGGGAUGAGGAUCCUUAUUGGAAGUCUUCAUUUCUAUUUCAUUUCUUUCCUAUUCAGUAGAGCAAAUGGAUUUCUAACUCUGAGAACACCUGCAGCCUAUACCUUCCCGGCUUAUAACUACUCCUAUUUAAACCUCUCUUCUGUAUCAGAAGCACAAGCUCCAAAAGCAGCCAGAGCUCUCAAUUUCUCACAUAAUGUAAUUGAAAAAAUAACCAAGAGAGAUAUGGAAGGUUUUGAUGUGCUAGAAGUUUUAGACCUUUCCUACAAUCAGAUUAAGGACAUUGAACCUGGUGUGUUUGAGAGUCUGCUCAGCCUUGUUUCUGUGAAUUUAUCAUUUAAUGAUCAGAAACUUCUUGUAUCAGGUCUUCCACCUCACCUGAAGCUCUUACCCACUAGCCAAGCCUCAAGGACUUUGCUGCUUCACAAGCAUUUUGACACAUCCUCAGAGGCUGCCCUGGAGCCUUCUGCAUCCGCCAAGGAGCUGCUCCAUUCAGGAAGUCCUUCUGUCCUGCAAAAUGUUAAUCCGAGGUUCAGGCAAGGUACAGAGGAUCUGCUUCGAAGAGGAGAGAAAAACCCAACAGUCUCUCCCACAGCCAACUUAACGCCUGAUUUCUGCGGAAUACCAAUAAAUGGGAUACUUGAUCUGUCAAACAGAAAACUCUCCGAGGAAGAGCUGACAUUAAAACUGGACGAGGAUCUCUGCCAAGCUCAGAUGGACAGUAUUUUGGAGCUUGACAUUAGUCACAGUGACCUGGAAAUGGAUCUUCUAUCGCUGUUCAUCCUGUUUUUGCCACUGAAAAAUGUGCAGUCCAUUGAUGCCAGUCACAACAAAUUAACAAUUAACAUUGAAGAUGUAGAGGCGAUCUGUAAGUUCCCAUUCAGCAAGCUACUGUUUUUAAACAUCAGCAACAAUCCCAUAAACAGCUUGAAUACGCUGUGUCUUCCUCCAACCAUCAAGGUAAUCGAUUUGUCCUUCACCAACCUAAGUCAAAUACCCUGGAAUUUUGCUAAAAAAAUGAUUAACUUAGAAAAAAUGUAUGUGCAAGGAAAUCACUUCAUAUACACUGUACGUCCACAAAUCACUAAUGAGACUCAAAAUUUGCCCCCCGGAACUGUACGUAUUAACGCCAUUUCAUUUGUCAGAAAUGAGGCCGGCACACCCAUCGAAAGCCUUCCGAAGAAAGUAAAACACCUCAAAAUGUCCAACUGCUCCAUUGUAGAACUGCCAGAAUGGUUUGCUGGCACAAUGGAAGAAUUAUUAUCUUUGGAUCUCAGCAGCAACCGGAUUUCUGUGCUUCCCGAGUUACCUAGCUCCCUGCAGCUCCUCGACAUAAGCAACAGUGAUAUAAAAAUAAUACCCCCUGGUUUUAAAUCUGUCUCCAACUUAACAACACUUAAUAUUCAAAAUAAUAAAAUUACGGAUAUGCAUCCUGAGUAUUUCCCGUUGACUUUAACAAAAUGCGAUAUUAGUAAAAAUAAGUUGAACAUGUUGUCAUUAACCGAUGCCCUGGAGAAAUUUGAGUUUCUUAAUGUUUCUGGAAACCUAAUCACCAGACUGGAACCUGCCAGCCGCCUUUCUGUGCUCACUAAUCUGGACAGUAGUCACAACCUGAUUUCUGAACUCCCUGAUCACUUUGGGAAAUCUCUUCCAACGCUGAAAUAUUUUAAUUUAUCAGGGAAUAAGAUCUCCUUUCUACAGCGUGGCUCUCUUCCAGCUUCACUGAUUGAGUUAGACAUUAGUGACAACGCCAUCACAACCAUAGUGGAGGACACUUUUGGCCUGUUAACGAGUUUGAGUGUUUUGAAUGUUCAAGGUAAACAUUUUUUUUGUAACUGUGAUUUGUACUGGUUUGUCAAUGUCUAUUUCCACAACCCCCAUUUGCAGAUAAACGGCAAAGAAGAUCUCAGGUGCAGCUUUCCACCGGAUAGGAGGGGCUUGUUGGUGGAGAGCAGUAACCUCACGCUUCUGCGCUGCUCCCUGGGCCUCCAGAUGGCUAUUACAGCUUGUGUGGCCAUUCUGGUUGUUUUGGUGUUAACGGGCUUAUGCUGGCGGUUCGAUGGGCUGUGGUACGUGAAGAUGGGUUGGUACUGGUGUAUGGCAAAAAGGAAGCAGUACGAGAAGAGGCCAGAAAACAAGCCCUUCGAUGCUUUCAUUUCAUACAGUGAACAAGACGCAAACUGGACAAAAAAGAACCUGCUGGAAAAACUGGAAGCCGAUGGAUUCAAAAUAUGUUACCACGAGAGGGAUUUCAAACCGGGGCAUCCCGUACUCGGUAACAUUUUUUACUGCAUAGAGAACAGCCAUAAAGUCCUUUUUGUUCUCUCUCCCAGUUUUGUAAACAGCUGCUGGUGUCAGUAUGAGCUGUAUUUUGCUGAACACCGGGUCUUGAACGAAAACCAGGAUUCCCUCAUCAUGAUUGUGUUGGAAGACCUCCCGCCCAACAGCGUGCCACAGAAGUUCAGCAAACUCAGGAAACUGCUGAAAAGGAAAACCUAUUUGAAGUGGAGCCCCGAGGAACACAAACAGAAAAUGUUCUGGCUUCAGCUAGCAGCUGUCUUAAGAACCACCAAUGAACCACUUGUGAGAGCAGAAAAUGGGGCCACUCAGGAUGUGUAUGAGAUGGAAUGAGCUAUAAGAACGUGUAAAGGCUGUGCCUGGAAAGUCUGUGGACAAAUAAAAGUGUUUCCGUGUUUACGUUCUGCAAAGGCCGCUGUGUUGCAGCAGGGUUUUGUCUCAGAUCAGUUGCAGGAGAGGUUACUAAUGGGUUUGUAGUGUGCAUUACUCCAUCCAAUAAAAGAAUCCAUUAUCCAGAGGGCAGAGACCUGAGCACUGAUAAACAGGUUUUCCUUCUGAGUGCUUGAGUCCUUCAGCUAUUUCCAGCAUUUUUCAAAAUGCUGUGGAAGACACCUGAAAGGAAGAGCAGCUGGAGUCACACUGUGUAUCCUAAAAGUCUUUUUGAGAUCACUGCAGUGAAAGGCAAUGUCAUUCAACAAUAAGGUUGUAGUUCAGAUUCUCAGCUUUAGCACAGCUUCAGAUGGUAACACACACUGUGUACACAUGAGAAAAAUGCAAACUAUGACAGUACACAUGUGACAGCUUCUUUCUGUGGCUUAGUGAGAAAAGAUUACAGAUUUACUUCAUGUAGCCAUCUGAGAGAUGCAAUAGCAAAUCCACACUGCUGCAUCAUUUGGUUUAAGUGGUUGGUGGAAGAGAUCAGACUUUUAUAAUCUUUUAUAAUUACAGGUUAACGUAUGCAACAAAUCAAUAAAGCUGAGCAUGUGAGUCUCUACUG